AUGCGGGUCAUUGCCAUGCAUGGCCAUAUCAACGAGGCGGCGAGGCCGCAGUCCGCAGAGGAUGAUGAAGGCGCCGAAUUGGAGCACCCACUGGGGCGUUAUGCCUGGCAAGAGCACAGCCUGCUCGACCUCGGCGCACUCGAGGGAGCUCGGAGACGACGCUCUCGAGGGAGGCCUAUGCAAUUAUGCUGGUUGGCGACAACGCGCUGGCACUGGCGUCCGGAGUCCGGAGCUGGCAACGAGCUGGUGGCCUUGAGGAGCAACGGUUGCGCGGUGCCGCUGGCCUCCGGAAAAGCAUGCACGGUCUUCCACGCCCGGGAGUCCAAGUCCUUCAAUCUCAGAGUAAACAACUCGCCCACUAAGCAUCUCUCCGGCGACGAGUGCAUCGACAUUGACGUCUCCAUCCCUGCCGCUGCCGGCUUCACAUGCACCGCCAAGUACUGGCCGAAUUGGCAAUCGUCUGACGUCGAGGCGAAUUGCGUCGUCGAAGACCACUUCACCGCGAUUUGCAUGGUGGCGGUCUCAAAAGUCUGGCCGCCGCUGCCGUUGCCGACGCUGUCUAGACUAGAGCAUGAUAUUCUCAUGACCUCCGAUCUCACUGAUGUCUCCUUCCAAGUCGAUGGGGAGACUUUCAGGGCGCACCGCCUCGUGCUCGCGGCGCGCUCUCCAGUGUUCAGGACAGAGCUCUUCGGUCGUCGUCAAAUGGCUGAAAGCUGCCGACAAAUACGGGCUGGACACCCUCAAACAAACUUUGCCGAAGAGCGCGCAUGCCUGAAGCUCAAGUCCAGGUGCCUCGAUUUCCUUGCGGAUGGCGAAAAAUUCAAGGCGGUGGCGGUAACCAACGAGUACAUCGACCUGAUGAAGAAGGUCCCGUCUUUACUAGACCAUGUGCAGAACCGAUUCAAGAGGCCACGACUAUCGUGA